CAGGCUUGGGCUAACGUGAGCAAACAAAAAAGUAUUUCAGUGAAGUUAAAUCUUUAAUAAUAUCACUUACUAAAUCACAAUUAUUUCCUUUUUUCUGGAUUAGUAUUGGGCAGAAAAGAAGUCUGCCUUGAAAAAGCUCUGCCAACAGCGGGCUCAGUCUAUGAGGCGUACUGGAGGUGGAUUUGAUGUUGUCCCAGAGCUGUCACUGCUCGAACAAAGAUUAGUGGCGAUGGGUGGUGACUCUUUUGCCACAGGCAACAGAGGCCUAGCUGUAGAUCCGUUUCCGCAGAGUGAUUCUAACCCUUCAAUUUUGGUGGACCUUCCAUCCACAUCCCAGAUUGCAGCUGUAGAAGUAGUUGCAUCUGAAAUACAGGAAAGUGAUCAAGUUCCACCAUGUCCUGUAGAGGCUGAGCUGCGGGUGGAACACGGCGAGCAGCAAGGCGAAACAAGUUCUGUGCUUCCAUCUGGUAGGCAUUUUUAUAUUUAGAGUAUUACUAUAAUACACCUCAAGCCAAGGUGUGUAAAUUUAUACUUAAUUAUUUAUUCUUUUGAGAAAGUCGCCGUGCGCCACGACUCGGUCAACAAAGGCGUCA